UCAGCCAAAAAGUAUGAUGCUUUCCUGGCCUCUGACAGUCUCAUCAGACAGAUUCCUCGCAUCCUGGGACCUGGUCUGAACAAGGCUGGCAAGUUUCCCACAGCAUUGACCCACAAUGACAACAUGGUGCAGAAAGUCGAGGAAGUGCGCUCCACAAUCAAGUUUCAAAUGAAGAAGGUUCUCUGUCUUGCUGUGGCUAUUGGUCAUGUUGACAUGGCUGAUGAGGAACUUGCGGCAAAUGUCUAUUUAGCUGUCAAUUUCUUGGUGUCCUUACUGAAGAAGAACUGGCAAAAUGUACGUGCACUCUAUAUCAAGAGCACCAUGGGAAAACCCCAACGUCUGUAUUAGGCACUUGUGCGGUACAUGUACUUUUAGCCGUACUAUGAGCAGUCAAUAAAGUGCAUUGAUAUGUUAA